AUGAUCUGUUGUGAUGGUGCAUCUUUCGGAAACCCAGGCCAAGCUGGUUCAGGUGUUGUUUUCCGUGAUGCAAGUUCGGAGGUGCUUGGUGUUCUUUGUGUUGGCCUUGGUUGGCAAACCAAUUUCUAUGCGGAAGUAUGUGCGAUUAUUUAUGGUGCGAUUGUGGCUAAGAGAUGUAAUAUGCGGAGUAUUUGCAUUCGUUAUGAUUCGAAGAGUUCCAGAAAAGCUUUUCAAAAGGGUGAGCUGCCUUGGCAGCUGGUACAGAAAUGGAAAAUUGCGAAGUCUUACUACAACAAUGUUCGUUAUAUUCAUAGCUAUAGGGAGGUUAAUUUCUCAGCUGAUGCCUCGGCCAAGCAAGCUUGUUUGCUGGUUGAGGAUAUUUUUGAGUUUUAUGAGGGUAGGCUAGGUUUUAUUCCAUCUGUGGAAUGGCCUGGAAGGGUUUAUUAUCGCUUCAAAUAG